AUGUCAAUCCCACAAGAUUAUCCUAUUCUACCACGCGAAAGCACACUAGCUCAAUUGCCCCCCGCAUAUCCUGCAGACACGCAAGACCAGAUCUCCCAACACCUGGCCUCCUCAACCCUCAACCGUCUAGUCGUACUCGACGAUGACCCCACCGGAACACAAACAUGCCAUGACAUCUCCGUGCUCACCGUAUGGGACAUCGAAACCCUAACCGAAGAGUUCAAACAAGACUCCCCAGGAUUCUUCAUCCUGACCAACUCGCGCGCGCUCCCACCCCUCGAAGCAGAGAAACUGAUCCGCGAGAUCUGCGAGAACGUCGCGCAAGUCGCCAAAUCCGCAGGAGAGACAGUGGACAUCGUCCUGCGCGGCGACAGUACAUUGCGGGGCCACUUCCCGCUCGAAACGGACGUUGCGCAGUCCGUGUUUGGGGACGCGGACGGGUUGGUGCUAGCUCCUUUCUUCUUCCAGGGUGGACGCUUCACCGUCGACGACGUGCAUUAUGUGGCUGAGGGGGAGAACCUGGUCCCGGCGGGGACGACGCAGUUCGCGAAGGAUGCCACCUUUGGAUAUAAGAGUUCGAACCUCAGGGACUAUGUCGUUGAGAAAGCGGCCGGGAGGUUUCAGCCGGAACAGCUGCACUCGAUCUCGAUACACGAGAUUCGAGUAGGGGGUCCUGAAGCAGUCUACGAGAAGCUGAUGGAUAUCCCCCGGGGCGGUGUUAUUAUCGUCAAUGCCGCGGCGGAGUCCGAUAUGCAUGUCUUCGUUGCCGGUUUGUUAUUAGCCGAAGCAAAAGGGAAACACUUCCUCUACCGCACCGGCGCAGCCUUCGUAUCCACCCGCCUCGGAAUCCGCUCCAAAUCUCCCAUAACAGCAAGCGAACUCCAACUCCCCAUCCCCAGAGAAACAGGCGGGCUAAUCAUCGCCGGAUCCUACGUGCCCAAGACAACAGCCCAGCUGAACGUACUCACCUCCAAACGCGGACAAACAGGGCAACUCGCCAUCCUCGAAAUGGACGUCGAAGAACUGAUCGCAUCGCCGGAAAGCGCUGCGGGCGCAAUUCAGCGGACAGUCCAGGAGGCCGAGUCCCAUCUCCAAUCUGGCCAGGAUACCUUGGUCAUGACGAGUCGCAAGUUGAUCACGGGAGAUAAUGAGCUAUCGUCGCUAGCUAUUGGGACGAAUGUUGCGAGUGCCUUGGUCAGUGUGUUGAGGCAGAUUCAGGUUCGUCCGAGGUAUAUUAUUGCCAAGGGUGGGAUUACGUCCUCUGAUGCUGCGACUAAAGGCUUGAAUAUGAAACGGGCUUUGAUUGUUGGGCAGGCGGCGCCUGGGGUGCCUUUGUGGCGAUGCGAUGAGUCCACUUCGAGACAUCGAGGUGUUCCUUUUGUGGUUUUCCCUGGGAAUGUUGGUGGUGAGUCGACGUUGUGUGACUUGGUGGAAGCCUGGAGCUGA